UUAUAAACCGCCUUUGUUAAAUAGUGAUUAUAUUUUUGUAGAAGAACCCCACAUUUACCAAAUCAGAGAUGGUUCUAAUGACGGAAUCUCUCAAAGUCUUUUAAUAUUCUCGGCUAACUCGAACCCUCUUUUUCGAUCCGUUAAAUUAAGAUCCAAAAAAUCUGAUUGUGUGAUAUGUGGCGAUCAUCCAACUAUAACAACAUUGCAAGACUAUGUUCAAUUUUGUGGCAGCGGCGCAUUGGACAAGUCACCCUCAGUGAAAUUACUUGGAGAUGACGAAAGAAUAGACCCAAAGUCUUAUUGUGCUUUAAGAGCCAAAGGCAUCCCACAUGUUCUCGUUGACGUACGUGAACCUGUUCAAUUUAAUAUCUUAGAUUGCAUAACUAUUCAGAC